UUUAGCAUAAUGCGGAUAUCGCUGCUCAUUCUUGUACUAUGCACCACUACAUUAGCUGAUGAAGACUACUACAAACUUCUUGGUAUUGAACGGGAUGCAGACGAUAGGACUAUUCGAAAAGCGUUCAAGAAAUUAGCUAUACAAAAACAUCCAGAUAAGAAUACGGAUAACCCAAAAGCUCACGCUGAAUUUGUAAAAAUUAACAAAGCUUACGAAGUGCUGAAAGAUGAGGAAACCCGGAAGAAGUACGAUCAGUUCGGAGAAAAAGGCUUGGAAGAUGGUUUCCAAGGAGGAAACACUUACCAGUCAUGGCAAUUCUAUAACGAGAAUUUUGGAAUUUAUGAUGACGAUCCAGAAAUUGUCACUUUAAAUAGAGCAGAUUUCCAGCGGCAGGUGUCUGAGUCGAAUGAAAUGUGGUUUAUCAAUUUCUAUUCUACUUAUUGCUCACAUUGCCAUCAAUUAGCCCCCACUUGGCGAAAGUUCGCGAAGGACAUGGAAGGAGCUGUUCGAAUAGGCGCCGUGAAUUGCGCUGAAGAUCCAGGAUUAUGCCAAUCACAACGAGUUUAUGCGUAUCCAUCUCUCGUAAUUUAUCCUACGGGUGAGUUCUUCCAAGGUCCGCGGGAACUCGAGCUGCUCGAAGACUUCAUUUUACAAAGAAUGACAGCUGAGGUUCUCCACCUAAAAUCCGAGAAUUUUGAAGCUCUUGUUACUGACUGGCAACCCUAUAACACUCGGCCAUGGAUCAUAGACUUCUGCGAUGAAACGGAAUCAUGUCUUUCGUCGAUCAAUAGGCAAAAGCUGGCAGCUAUGCUAGAGGGUCUUGCAAAUGUGGGAACAAUAGACUGCUCAAUGAGUGGUGAGCACGAGUUGUGCGAGCUGUUAGAUGCAUCGUCUGGUGCUUUGUACUAUCCGGCCAGAAAGGUGCAGAAGAGUUAUGAGCAGAGAAUGGAAACUUUGGAUCCGAAAGAACUUGCUGAAAAAGCGCUGAGUUAUUUGGAUGAUAUUGAAGAAAUGAAAGAAAAGGAGCUUCAAAUUAUUUUAGACGAAGGAGAAGCAGCAUAUCCGACGGCAGUGCUUUUUGUUCCGAACAGAGAUGCUUUGAAAGAGCUGAAGGACUAUAAGAAAUUGCCGGUUGCUUUGCCAGAUGUCAGAGUUGCCUUUGCUGAUUGCUCCAAACUUAUGGAUGUAUGCCGCAAUAUGCUUGAUAUGACGAAACUUCCUCAAUUUGUCACUUUCAAAACUACAGGAGGAUAUGAAAUUGAUUACGCCAGCAAAAAGACCUACCACGACGCACGAGCAUUCAUCAAAGAGUCUUUGGCUUCAACCGUGCAUGUUCUUGACGAGGAGGCAUAUGCUGCGGCAGUAAGAAGUGGAGAAUUGUGGAUAGUCGACUAUUUUGCGCCGUGGUGUCCGCCGUGUCUGAGACUCAUUGGAGAGUAUCAUCGUUUGCAUUUCCUUAUCAAUCAAAAUGAUGAAGUGCUUUCGAAGCUCAAAAUUGGACUGAUUGAUUGCCAGAAGUAUAACUACAUUUGCCAGCAGGCCGGCGUCUCGAGUUAUCCUACUAGCGCUUUGUAUACUUUGGACGGCAAAGUUCACAAGUUUAUUGGACAUCAUGCAGCACAAACAGUUCUGGAGUUGAUCGACAAUGCUCUGAAUCCAGCUGUCGAUGAAUUAACGCCCGACCAGUUCGUACAACUCGUCGACGGACGCAACAGCGAUGAAACAUGGGUGGUAGACUUCUUUGCUCCUUGGUGUGGACCCUGUCAACAACUAGCACCAGAGCUGCAAAAAGCAGCGCGUGCUCUUCGCGAUUAUGAUGAGAAAGUGCAUGUGGGUUCGGUCGAUUGUCAGGCAUACGCACAGUUUUGUAGUCAACAAGGCGUCAACGCUUAUCCAUCUGUCCGGCUAUAUCCUGCAGUGAAUACGAAACGGAGGAUGCAAGCAUACUACUCCUAUCCUCAGAACAUGUGGCGAAACUCAGACAGCAUCCAAAGAUGGGUUUAUGGAAUGCUUCCAUCAUUGGUGACCAAUCUCGGCAACGACUACUGGACAACGGUGCUUGAUUCCGACGAACCUUGGCUUGUCGAUUUUUAUGCACCUUGGUGCGGACACUGCGUUCAGUUCUCUCCAGUUUAUGAUCAAAUCGCUAAGGCGUUGGACGGAAAAGUGAAAUGUGCAAAAGUAGACUGUGAUCAGUGGCCAGGAGUAUGUCAAGGAGCUCAGAUACAAGCCUAUCCUACUGUCCGAUUUUACAAGGGCCGGCAACGAGGAAAACGGCAAGACGUUUGGGGUCUACAAAUACAAGCUCAGGAUAGAAAUACGGUUGUGCAAGUAGUGGAAAGCCAAUUAGAACAGUUACACGACGAGCUAUAGGUACUAGUCCUGAAUAAUCAAGGCCAAAUUCCGUGCUGAUAGCACAAUGUUUGGCGGUUUCUGCCUAGUCUAAAAUGUACAAGAAUAUGUCUUAGCAUAUUACCGCAAUUUCAUCUCGAUUUUCUCAAAAACAUAUCCCUUAACUAUUUGACUGCCUUUCUUUAACUACCAUUUAAAAGUGCUGAUCUUUGCUUCUCAAAAGUAUGUAUGCUGAGCAUAAUAACGUGUUUUUGAAUACGGUUUGAUUUCGCCUUCUCUUGUUGUCCUUUCUCUUCUGGUUAUGGUUGUACCCUUCUGUGUUGAAAUCAUGGAUUCUCUUGAUGUUUACCUAAACUCAUAAAGCCAUUGAGCUCUUACCUGUACAGGGAACGAAGUUACACCAUCAUGUUCAAGAG